GUGUGUGUAUUUUUAGUUGCAUUUUCUUGCCGUGGUUGAUCCCUUUUCCUUUUCAAGAUUAAAUGGUGUUUUUGUAGUGUAGUCUUUUGACUUUUUGAUUCAAGCAUUCCGAUUCUUGUAGAUAAUGCAUUUAAUGUCAGUUGAAACUCAGAUUCGCCUCGUUUUCCCCAACGUGUUUUGUGUGUGAACAAUGGACAAUGUGGCGUCGCCAUAUUGAAGGGUUAUUGAAAUUCCACAGAUUUGGGCUUGAAGUUUUUGGUGGGUUUAUUGAAUAUGUGCGAAUUUGGAGGAUGGCAAUAAAGAGAGAAGAAAACCAAGGUAAUUGGGAUUUGAGCAUGAAUAUUUUAGAGGAGAAAAAGGCGAAAGAGCAGAGCUCGUAUUUCAGGGCGUCAAGUGCUAGAAUGAAGUUAUGGACUUUGAGGGCUAUCACUACACUAUUGUUGUGGACUUGUAUUAUUCAAUUGGUUGCCAUUGGGGAAGUUUGGGGUCCAAAGCUUUUGAAGAGUUGGCCUUCCUGUUCUUCAAGCACCCCCAAUUUGGAUGCAUCAUAUUCAUCGGCCAAUGUGUCGUCCAUUGAGCCAAAAAAGCAUUUUCCACCAAAGAGGAUGUAUGUGAACAAUGGGUAUCUUGUUGUGUCUUGCAAUGGAGGACUCAACCAGAUGCGUGCAGCGAUAUGUGAUAUGGUUGCUGUUGCCAGAUAUCUUAAUAUUACACUUAUUGUCCCUGAAUUGGAUAAAACUUCGUUUUGGGCUGAUUCAAGUGAUUUUCAGGACAUAUUUGAUGUUGAUCAUUUCAUUUCAUCCUUAAGGGAUGAGGUCCGAAUACUCAAAGAACUCCCGCCUAGACUUAAACGGAGAGUUCAACUAGGGAUGUUUUACGAGUUACCACCCGUUAGUUGGUCUAAUAUUUCUUAUUACCGUCGACAGAUUCUUCCUCUUCUUAAAAAGCAUAAAGUUGUACAUCUGAAUAAAACUGAUGCCCGUCUCGCUAACAACGGACUGCCACUGGAUAUUCAGAAACUGCGCUGUAAAGUAAAUUUCAACGCUUUAAAAUUUACUGCGCAAAUAGAAGAAUUGGGCAGGAAAGUUGUGAGCAUGCUGAGACAGAAAGGUCCGUUUUUGGUCCUACAUCUUAGAUAUGAAAUGGAUAUGCUGUCCUUUUCUGGCUGUACUCAAGGCUGCAACAGUGAGGAAGUGAAUGAACUCACUACACUGAGAUAUGCCAAUCCAUGGUGGAAGGAGAAAGUUAUAGAUCCUGAUUUUAAAAGGAAAGAAGGUUUAUGUCCUUUGACACCCGAAGAAACUGCUCUGGUUCUGACUGCUCUCGGGAUUGACCGUAACGUUCAAAUAUAUAUUGCUGCUGGCGAAAUAUAUGGCGGGAAAAGGAGAUUGAGUAGCUUGGCCAAGGAAUUUCCAAAUCUGGUAAAAAAGGAGACAUUGCUUGAACCUUCGGACUUGAUGUUUUUCAAGAACCACUCGUCUCAGAUGGCAGCUUUGGAUUACAUAGUCUCCUUGGAGAGUGAUGUAUUUGUUCCGACUUAUGAUGGGAAUAUGGCUAAAGUUGUUGAAGGACACAGAAGGCACUUGGGUUUCAAGAAAACUAUUCUACUUGACAGAAGAGUUCUUGUUGGCUUAAUAGAUCAAUAUACCAAUGGAUCAUUGAAUUGGGACGAGUUCUCAUUAUCCGUAAAGAAUGCCCAUGCAAACCGAAUGGGAACCCCAAGAAAUCGUGUUAAAAUUCCAGAUAAACCAAAAGAGGAAGAUUAUUUUUAUGCCAAUCCUCAAGAAUGUCUUGCGAUGAGUGGAUGAAGAUGAAAGUUUGACGAGCCUAUACUUGGCCUUUUGCCCCUUAGAGCUCCAUUGGUCGAUCUGCACAUAGCAGAGCUCGUACAUUUGGCGUUUGAAUAAUUAGGUAUCGAUUGUGCAUGGGAGGACAGCGUGGACUUGGAUCGAGAUAUAUACAUGAUUGUUAUCAUUAUUGUUAUUAUUUACAAUUUUGGUUAAUGAGCUUUGUACAGAGUUGAUCCCUGAGACUUUUCCAUGGGUUGGGUAAAGUACAUUCUCAGGCAGAUGAAAAGAUUCUUGUGUUUAUUCUUGGUUCUAAAAUUGGCUUAUUAUUCCAUUCAGUUAAAAGGCCCAAGUUAAUUCCACUUCAAUUUAUAUACAUUGAAAGAUGUUGAUUGAAC